GUGGGUGGAGUGGAAGUGAUGCAAAGUCACGGAGAUAAACUUACCAGGAAAGUAAAUGUGGAUCAACUACUGAGAGUCUACACAGCCGAGCUUUCCGAUCCGAGACGCGCGCAAACGCGGUUGUCGCGAGAGACACAUUAAUGCGCAUGCGCACAUCGGCUACGGAUUGGUGACGUCACGAUGAAGCGAAUUUGUGUGGAGUGUGGGAGGGAGAGUGCAGACGAAGAGCUGUACAGGGAGUUCAGUGGGGGCACUAUUCAGCUCAGUCAGUGUGCCCACUGUCAUGGAUUCCUCGACAAGUAUGUGGAGUUUGACGCAGUCAUUCUUCUGUUGGACGUCCUGAUGCUGCGCGUUCAGUCAUAUCGCCACCUCAUAUUCAACCACAGCAUUUCAGACUCAGUCAGUCCAUAGGUGUUAUGCAAGUGCAGUGUUGCUGUUGUUCUCUGUGAUACCUAUAUCCUACCACAUAAUGUCUUCUUCGGUGUUAUGUUUGAAUCACAACACAUCAGUGCACACGUUUCUCCUGAACUGCUGAGCUUGCUGUUUUGUGUACUCGAUGCAUGAGUAGCUCUAUUCCGUGUAGUCUCAGGUGCAAUCGUACACAUGUCCUUAACUACAACACAUACCAAACUGCGUAUGCUGCACUUGGAUUCCUCGGACUCUACUGUUCUCCAGACCCACUUCCAUACUUUUCUUCUACAGGCCAUAGUGGAAUUUGUUGGUGUCCUAUGUUUGAGCUACUACCUCAUCAGAGUACUGUCACCUACGAGCAAGUGCUCUCUCCAUGAUGUCUCCCGUACUCUGGUACUGGCAAGCUGUGGUCGACUGAGUGGUCUGGCGGCCAUGGUGUGGACUGGGGAUUUCUACCUCUGGAUUCCCUGGCUCCUCACCAUCCCUGUCCAAUACAGGCAUUCAGAGAUUGCUUCCACUGUAAUGAUACGGUGGAACCCCUCUAAUCUUGUGUCCUUAGAGGAGAGAGGAGGUUUCGCUGUGUGGUCGAGAUCACUGCUGAAUACCUCACUUCUGAAGAGUGCUACUCUAGUCUCCAUACUGACACUAUCUCUACUGCUGGCUGGUGUGGCACUGGGCAGACUCAGGGAUACUCUACUAUCGUUACUUUAUCCUUGUCUGACAUUCACUACAUCUAUCAGCAUUGAAUUGAAAUGAAAAGUCAAACUGCAAACUAUAUAUAUACCAGGCGUA